AUGACAAACAACAACAACAACAACAACGAAGCAUCUUCCUCUCUUCGCAUCAAGAAGCUUUCCGACAAGGCCAUUCUGCCCACUCGCGGCAGCGAAUGGUCCGCCGGACUCGACUUGUAUGCGGCCGAACCCAAAACCAUUCCACCCCAGGGCCGUGCGGUGGUCCGAACCGACCUUUGCAUCGCCUGUCCCAAGGGUACCUACGGCCGGAUCGCCCCUCGCUCCGGGUUGACGGUCAAGCACGGAAUUGACGUGGGCGCCGGUGUCGUGGAUGCCGACUACCGGGGUCCCGUGGGCGUCGUCUUGUUCAAUUUGGGCGACAAGGAUUUCCAAAUCAAGGAGGGUGACAGGAUUGCCCAGUUGGUAUUGGAACAAAUUGUCAUGGCGCCCAUUGUGGAGGUGGGACAAGACGAAGAAAUGGAUGUUACGGAACGGGGUGCCGGUGGAUUUGGAUCGACGGGUGUGUCGUCAUCAUCAUCGUCGUCGUCGUCUCUAGCCAAAAAGCAAAAAUUGGACGGCAAUGACAUGGAGGAGGAUCCACCACAACCACCCAAGGUCAGUCCCAUCAAGUAA